AUGGUAUUUCGGAAACCACCAGAUGGUGGCUGGGGCUGGGUGGUUGUUGUUGUUUCCUUCUUUACUCAGCUCUUGUGCUACGGAUCACCGCUGGCGGUGGGAGUCUUGUAUGUAGCAUGGCUGGACGCUUUUGGAGAAGGGAAAGGCAAGACUGCUUGGGUUGGAUCACUAGCAAAUGGAAUCGGAUUGCUUGCCAGUCCUGUCUGCAGUAUAUGCGUAUCAUCUUUUGGAGUAAGACCAGUAGCAAUUUUCAGCGGCUUUAUGGUGGCCGGAGGUCUCAUGAUGAGCAGUUUCGCACCUAACAUAUACUUUCUAUAUGUUUCAUAUGGGAUUGUUGUUGGGCUUGGAUGUGGCCUUUUGUAUACCGCAACGGUUACCAUCACUUGCCACUAUUUUGACAAACGCAGAGGCCUUGCACUUGGUCUGAUUUCAACAGGCUCAAGUGUUGGACUGUUUAUAUAUGCAGCAUUGCAAAGAGAGCUUAUUGAUCUAUAUGGACUGGAUGGUUGUCUGCUAAUAGUUGGUGCACUGUCUCUAAAUAUAUUAGCAUGUGGCAGCCUAAUGAGACCCUUGGAGUCAUCUGAUUCCCCUCCACUGGAAAAAACAUGUGUAGACAAAGUCCCAGAUCAAUAUUUUGUUUACCAUGAAAAAGAAAAGACUGUUGAAGAAAACAUAAGCAUCCUUGAAAAGGGCUAUGCUGAUGAAAAAUGUGUGAACAAUAUUGCUGAUUACAAACAGGAUAACAUUUUAAAUAAGAAUGUAUUAAGCUCAAUCAAUGUAAAUGAGAAAGACACUUAUAAAAAGAAAGUUGUAGAACAGACAAACUUCUGCAAGCAACUCGCCAAAAGGAAGUGGCAGCUCUAUUUGAACUACUGGGAGGAAACCAUGGUUCUUUUUAAGAACAAAGUAUUUUCAGCUCUCUUUGUUGCCAUCUUGCUCUUUGAUAUUGGUGGAUUUCCUCCUUCUCUGCUCAUGGAAGAUGUAGCAAGAAGUGCGAACGUUAAUGAAGAUGACUAUCAUAUGCCGCUUAUUUCCAUUAUAGGCAUUAUGACUGCUGUUGGCAAACUUACUCUAGGAAUACUGGCAGAUUUUAAGUGGGUUAACACUUUGUAUCUGUACGUAACUACCUUACUAAUGACAGGCGUGGCCUUGUUUGCAAUUCCGUUUGCCAAAAGUUACCUUACAUUAGCGAUACUUUCUGGGAUUUUGGGUUUUCUGACUGGGAACUGGUCGAUUUUUCCGUAUGUAACAACAAAGACUGUGGGAAUUGAGAAACUGACUCAUGCGUAUGGGAUAUUGAUGUUCUUCGCUGGACUUGGAAAUAGCCUUGGACCACCAAUUGUAGGUUGGUUUUACGACUGGACGCAGGAGUAUGACACUGCAUUCUAUUUCAGUGGCUUUUGUGUCUUGCUGGGUGGAUUUCUUCUGCUGUUGGCAGCGUUACCCUGCUGGAACGCCUGUACCAGUCAGAGCUCAAAGUCACCUCCAAAUACUUACUCCUACAAAGUUGCAUCUAGUGCUUAGGUGACAACUGGAAAACACUUUGUGCUUUUUUACAUUAUAUAGCAAAGUAUUUUAGUAAUUUCCCACUUAUUUAUGAAGCCCAAAAAUCUUCCACUAGAAAAAAUUCCAUUGUUGCUUGUUGUUCAGUUCCUUUUUCUUCUUUUCUUUCUUUUUUAU